GCUUUAUCAACCGUGAGCAAACUGAUUGAAAAUCCUUUCCUCUUGAUCUACUCAGAUUAAAAGCAGACCCUAACAACUCAUUUUUGUUGUCAUCGUUCUAGUUGAGUGGAGUCUAUCUGGGGGCAGAGUGGUAAUUGUUAAUCCGCACAAGAAGUCGUUCAAUGAUCGAAGGAAUGUAGCAAUCUUUAUGUCAGUUCAGUUCUCUUGCUUUGUGGCCGUUCUGUUUGAGCGGAGUUGAGGGCGGGGUCAGUAAAUACUUGUAUCCCUUUGCCUGCCAUGUGUACGUACCAACGCACGUUCGAUCAAAACGCAUGAACGCUAUUUACACAAACACUCAUUUGCAAUUGGGCGUCUAUGUGUUUGUCAUUCCAGAUAUUCAUCUAGUAAGGGAACGACGUACGUUGAAACCAUGAACGCCAGCGACAUCAUCACUGGAGCCAGGUACGCACUGACGGGGUGUGCCGCGGUGGCCACGGUGGAGAAUCUCUUGGUGUUAGUGGUGUUUGCUUGUACCAGCCGUCUCAGAAUGAAGUACUACGGCUUCCUCAUCAAUCUGACGCUGGCUGACCUGUUCUACGCCGUCAUGGCCAACGCAUUCACUUGGGGAGGACCCGAUUAUUCCGAUAUUCUCUUCUCUAUCUUCAUCUCAGGUUACUUCGUCGGCAUUUGGACGAUCCUUGCCGAAGGCAUCAACCGCUACCUGCUUGUGUCCUUUGUGGACACUGCUCGCUACGACGUGUUGGUCACCAGGAACCGCUUGGUGGCAGUUUGCGUUCUCAUUUGGGUCGUCUCAGUCGCGGUCCACAUCCUGCUGGCUGUCCUGCCGGACUCUGACUUUGAAUCCCUCUUUGACGGAGUGAUCAAGCCCCUGACUGUGUUUGUCUUUUGGCUGAUAACCGCCGGUCUUUACAUCGUCGUUUUCCGUAAGAUCAAGGCAUACUAUACUACUCGUCUCGCAUCCAGCCCGCCAUUGCAAACAUCAUGCAGGAAGGAUCAGGUCCGCACCCGAGUGCGUCAGACCCGCCGCUUGCUGGUCACUUUCACUCUGAUUCUAAUCACGUCAUUCAUCUGCUGGAUGCCGUUUAGCGUGAUGCAGGUGGUGUCCUACCUUCACAGAGAUUUGGAGUAUCAAAAUGCGGUCUUCUGGAUCACUGGAACGGUCUACUGUCUGGCCCCGAUUAUCAACCCUUGGAUCUACUGGAUGCUGGUGCCUGGUUUCAGAGAGGGAGCACGCCAAGUGUUCUGUAAUCGGGAGUCUCUUCCAGUCGAUGAGACUGUCUCAGAAACUGGCCUGUAAAAGAACAUUACAUUGUGGAAUACGUAGCUGACAAAAGAGAUUCCAAUACUUUACUUUGAUUCAAACGUUUACACUGUUGUUAUUUUCAGUUGUAUUAUUUGAAGGUUUUGCAUAUUUAGUAGUGUAUUAAGGUGACACGAAUACAA